AUGAAAGACAGAUUUGCCUUCACGAUCCACUCGAGCCAGCCAGACCGGUGCGACGGGUAUAGUGCACCACAGAACCUGUCUGCGCACAUGCAGGAGGUUGAUCAAGCCAUUUGGAUUCGACUACUCGUGCACUUUGCUGCAGCGGCACCGGAAGUACUCAGGCACAGUCUCAUCAUACUGAUCUCGGCAUGA